AUGACUGGUAUGUUGAAGAUGGUUACGACGAUGGGUUUUUAUCCACCAAAGGCAACUGGAUCAGGGGAAGACUCUAUUUACGAGUUUCUGUUAAUCAGAAGCAGAUCUCACUAUCAGAUGUAUUCAAAUUCGAUCUACACUCGACUGCCCAUCAGGCACUUAUUGAGUGUCAUGGAGACUCGUUACGAUAGCUUUUCCAAAAUCAGCUGUCAUCUGAUUCGUCUGACUACGGAUCUUUUCCCACAUAUGUUAUCCACAGUGACAAGCUUGAAGAUUGCUAAGUCACGUUUUAUGGGUGUACCAAUAACAGAGUCUGUACAAGAGUUCGAGAAUGAUUUGUGCAGUAAAGGUAUCGCUGUGUGUAUGAAGGCUGCUCAGAAGCUGCAUAAUGCACCACUGACGGACCAAUUGAAAGAAAAGUAUGAAAAAUGGUGGACACAAUAUGAGAAGUUUACCGCUGCUACGAAAGGCCAAUCAAAAGAGGAGUUGUCUGCUGCAAAGAAGGCAUUGCGAGAGGAACAGGCUGGGCUUCUUGGAGCAUUGGCUCUUCCAAAUUUUGUGGAUGAAGUUGGGAAGCAAGAGAGGCCGAUGUCGAAAUCAUUGAAACAUUGCGAUUAUCUUGUGCAAAAAGGGCACAUGCGAGUCGACAAAGAAAUAGGAGUUUUUCAUCUUACCCAGUUUCUCGAAAUGUUCGAAGAUGCUAUCUUGGUAUCGCUAUCAUACUUCGCGCGCGCGGCAAUUCUGGAAGGCGUCAAUGUGCCGGUACAAGACUUUGUAAGAUUCACAGAUGAGUCUGAUACUUUUCCUCCGACAUACCUAGGAACAUUGUUGGAUGAGGGCCUUAAGCUGGAUAUAAAAGCUCGGAAGGUUACAGGAAAAGAAUCACGAAAUUUCGAAACUCAAGCAGUCGUGUUUGAAGACAAAGGCUUAGAAGUAGCGAGGAAAAGAGAAAACUUUCAGAUUUCUUGGAUCGGUGACUAA